AUGUCCAUCAAUGAAGCUCCACCCUCACAGUCUGAUGACAGUACUCCAUCCAUCAACAGUACCAGUCCUUCUAAGGCCAAGUGCUCAAUAGGAUCUUUGGCAGCUCUUUUCAAGGCCAAGCUCAAUAUCUCCAAACACAAAUCAAAACCCGAACCUAAACGGUUUGAGCUGAGCAACCGCAACGCUGCGUCUAGCAGUGCAACCACCGCCGCCAACAACCACGACCAUGGUGGAGCUCCAGCCCUCUACAAAUUGAUCCAUCAAGACCUCAGUUCCAUGGAAGAGUUCAUAGCUCGUCUGAAUGAGCAAAUCAACCAUGCCCAUUACAAGCUUAAGGAGCUGAAAACAAUAGGUAGUACUAGCAGCAGGACAGAACUCGACGAGCUCAGAAAGCUCAAAAUGGUGGUCGCCAGGCUAAAAUCCCAGAUUCCUUCUCGGCUUAAAAUCCCUUCUUAUGAUUCCAACCGCAGAACAUGGCCGGACAUAAACAAAACCGGCGAUGAAAUGAUUCACUUGUACUGGAGGCCAGAGUUUGGCAGCUCCAGUGAACCUGAAGACCUACAGAGAGCUUUGGAUGGACUCCCGUACAUGGUAAAACGCUAUUUGUUUUGUUUCUUGAUUUUCCCACCAAUGACUAUUAUAAAGAGAACGUUUUUGAGGUAUUGGUGGAUAGCUAACAGAUUAGUGGGGUGGCAUGCGAAGCGAAAUAACAUUGCAGGAAAGUCGGGUGAGGAUAUUGGCAAUGAGAUCUUCGAUAUGCUAAUUGCAGAGUGCUUCAUCAAGCCUGUUUUCCAAAAGCGUGGCUUGGUUCCGGACAGUUGCCAGAUGAGUCAUUCUGUUCAUUCUGCUCUAACCAUCGCGGCCAAUGUUUAUCUACGCACAUUUUAUGUUCUUGGUCGAAAUAAUCAAACUAUUCGUCUAGAUAGGUAUUUACGUGUUAUCAAUAUCGGCGAGGCUAUUAUUGACGGCGGGCCUCAACUAUUUGAGAAGAUGAGAAAUAUCACGAUUGUUUACCUGGGUAGGCGGCAAAGCUUAGCCACGCACCACAUUGAGGUUGCAGAUACCAAAAUUCUCCAUGGCCUGAAGAAUCCGAGUCAGUUGGAGUUUCUUAGCCUUAGAGGAAUUUCUUUGAUCACAGAGCUUCCCUCAUUCAUUUCAGAGCUCACUCAUCUAAAGAUCCUUGAUCUCCAAGCCUGUCACAAUCUUGAGUUAAUUCCAGAUGGGAUUGGUUUGCUACAGCAGUUGACACAAUUGGACAUGUCUGAGUGUUACUUUCUAGAAUACAUGCCCAAGAGCCUUGCUCAUCUAUCACAGCUUGAAGUCCUUAAGGGAUUCCUCAUUCAAGAUUCCAAGUAUGACAAACAGUCGUGUACACUCGGCGAUUUGUCUGGACUGCAAAAGCUGAGAAAACUGAAUAUCUACACGAGUGUGGAAGAUUUUCCUACAGAAAGGGACCUUAACGAUUUCCAAAAAUUUGAAGCCCUACAAAAGCUUACAAUAUCAUGGGGAGGAUGCUCUUCACAAAGUGCUCAUAUGCAAACACAAGAUGAUGUAAUGCAGUCACUGGCUGUAGACAACGAAGACCUUGGAAUCAAAAAACAAGCCAAGAGCGAAGCAGAACCAGCAGUCAAAUUCAUUCUGCAUAUUACUUCCUGA